UACACUCGCGCUCGCAUACCCGCCCCGGCAUGUAACUUAUUAGUAACACGUAAAAGCCGUUUCCACUACUAGUUCAAGUCCACUUUCUUCCUCUUUUUCCUCCAAAGUCCCCCAACAAAAAGCAAAGCAAACAAAAGCCGAUGCCUUCCCUCUCUUUUCCUUCCACUUUCUUCUCUCUCCUCCCAAACACAAACAGCACAGAAAACCAAGAGAGAGAGCCGAAACCCCCAAUGGACAGCCGAGGAAACAGCGUGAGGAGCAACAACCGAUCCUUAUCGAUGUCCGACACCGAGUCCCAGUACCAGUCCCCGCUCCGCUCCGACUCCCCCCUCCGCUCCGACGACCCGGAUCCGCCGCCCGCCUCGACCAAGUCCCCCUCCAAAGCAAUCGAUAAAUUCUUCUCCCCCCUCCGAUCUCCCCUCGAAAACCACAACCACAACCAGAAGCAGCAGAAGAAGAAGAAUUUCGAGGCGCCGUCGUCGACGGUGGUGUUGUAUAAUAACAGGGCGGGGAGGGAGGAGGCGGUGACGAAGAAGGUUGCUGCGGGGUUGGGAGGAGUAGGGGAGGGGGAUUUGGAGGAUGGAGUGGUGGGGGAGGAGGGAGAGGGGAGGGGGGAUGGGGUGGUGAGGGGGAUAGUGAGGAGGACGGAAAGGGAGGUGGUGGUGAAGAGGGGGGAGUUGGGGUUUAGGGUUUGCGAGGUGGCGUUGUGUUUGGUUUCGUUCUCGGUUAUGGCGGCAGAUAAGACUCAGGGGUGGAGUGGUGACUCCUUUGAUCGGUACAAGGAGUACAGGUACUGUGUUGCUGUGACUGUUAUUGGGUUCGUAUAUGCAGCGUUUCAAGCAUGCAAUCUAUCCUACCAUUUGGCCACUGGGAAACACCUUUUCUUUCACCCCCUCCGGUGUUACUUUGAUUUUGCAAUGGAUCAGAUUCUGGCGUACCUUCUAAUAUCUGCAUCAUCAUCGGCAGCCACCAGGGUAGACGACUGGGUACUGAACUGGGGGAAAGACGAGUUCACAGAGAUGGCCAGCGCUUCUAUUGGGAUGUCGUUCUUGGCUUUUGUUGCCUUUUCCCUUAGCUCUCUCAUAUCUGGCUACAACCUUUGCAACCGCAGUACUACUUAGUCUCCGCCGAUCACCAUCCACGCAUUCGUAGGCUUUAUGGCCAUGAGGGAACUAGAAAGUGGCGUAAACAAAUUGUGUAUUGUACAGACGAUAUAUUUUUUGUUUUUGGGCAUGUUACACUUUUGGGGCAAAGUUUAUUAGGUUGAUCCGAUCGCUUUUGUAAAUGAAAUAGUUCCACUGUGUUUGAAUAAUAAAACGGCCUUUUUUUUCAUUG